AUGGCCCGCAAAGCAGACGACCUCCUGGCCGACCUCGACCAACUCGGCCUCAGCGAAGACCAACCCUCCACCACCCGCACAUCCACCUCCGACCGCCCUCCCAAGCCAGCGCCCAAACCUUCCAAUGCUCCAGCUAAAGAAGAGAACGACGACCCUUUCGGCGAGCUGGAGAAGACGCUCGCAGCGAAGCCUGCUUCAGGCUCCAGACCUACGACGCCGAGACUGAGCUCGAGCACGACAAGCGGGACGGGCAAGAGUCCGCGAAGAGCGGGCGUCGAGACGCCGGCGAGUUCGGGGACGGCGAGUGGGAGGAAUAGUGAGGACAGGCUGAGGAGUAUGCCUACGCAAGCACAGCCUAGAACGAGCGGGGAGGGGAGGAGUUAUCACCAAAGCUAUACCCCUGCUGCCGAUCAACAACAGCAGCAGCAGCAACAAGCCCCACCACCGCAACCCACAGAACAGAAAAGCACAGGCGGCGGCUGGUCCUGGGGCUCCCUCCUCAACACCGCGACCGCGACCGCGACCUCCGCCCUCACCUCCGCCUCCACGCUCGCCAAAGACCUGCAGAACAACGAAGAAGCGCUCCGCUGGGCCUCGUCGGUGAAAGGCUACGGCGCCAACCUCUCCCACCUCUCCGAAGACCUUCGCUCGCGAGCUAUCCCGACAUUCACUUCCUUGAUCAGCCACAUCGCCCCCCCGAUCUCCGCGCACGAGAGGUUGCAGAUCCAUAUUACGCAUGAUAUACUGAACUACCCGAGCUUGGAUCCGUUGAUCUAUUCGACGUUUUCAAGAGUAAUGUCCCAAGUCGAAGGCGGCGACCUCCUCGUAAUCCAACGCGGCUCCGAGUCCCGCUCCCGCAGCGCCUCCCAAGGAGCCUACACCGGCUCCGUCCUCGGCGGCUCCCGCGGCGGCUGGUCAGACGGCCCUUGGUGGCGCGACGAUUCCCGCCCUCGCGAUUUGGGCGCGGUGAUGGGGUUGAAGGAGGGUACGCGCCUCGCGAGGGUGGGGGCGGAGAGUUACGCGAAGGAGUUUUUCGAGGCGAGGGGGGGUGUGGAGAAGGCGGCGCGGGAGGCGACGGAGUCUUUGGGCGGGGAGAAUCCGGUGCGGAGGAGUGAUAUUUUUUUGGCUGUUCAGCCGAUCGCGUAUGAAGGGGAGAAGGAGAUGUUUGCUGGUGAUGCGCGGGAGGAGGGGAAGGGAGAAGGGGAGGGUGAAGAGGAGGGCGAAGAGGAGCUGGUGGUGUUCGCCAUCUACCUCCACGACCCCCUCCACUCCCUCUCCUUCUCCAUCAUCUCCCAACCCUUCCCCCGCCGCUGGGCCUCCUGGCUCGACGCCAAAUCCGACACCGAUGAAGCUCACGGCGGUUUACCCGCGGAUAUCCUCGCGAUCUUGGAGAACGGCGGCGUCGACCCCCGCGAAUGGGUUGCGGAGUGGAUGGAGGAGGUUCUGGGUUUGGGGGUUGGGGUCGUGGCGCAGAGGUAUGUUGCGAGGAGGAUGGGGGUGGGGGAGGGUGGGAGUGGGGAGAAGGGGAGGGGGUUGGUGAAGGCGAAGGAGAGGGGCGAGGGGGUUAUUGAGGAGGCUGCUGGGAGGGGGGUUUGA